CCCGCCCGCUCCGCCCGCUGCGCGGAGCCGAGCCGAGCGGCCGGGGCUGGGCGCGACCCCGGCCAGCGGCGGCGCAGAAAGCAGGCGGAGGCGCGGGCCAUGCUGCGGCUAGCGCUCGCCGGGGCCCGAGCCAUCGUGGACAUGUCGUACUCCCGCCACUUCCUGGACUUCCAGGGCUCGGCCAUCCCCCGCGCCAUGCAGAAGCUGGUGGUGACCCGGCUGAGCCCCAACUUCCGCGAGGCCGUCACCCUGCGCCGGGACUGCCCGGUGCCACUCCCCGGGGACGGAGACCUCCUCGUCCGGAACCGAUUUGUUGGUGUUAAUGCAUCUGACAUAAACUAUUCAGCCGGCCGCUAUGACCCUUCCGUCAAGACCCCCUUUGACGCAAGUUUCGAAGGUGUAGGCGAGGUGGUGGCCUUGGGCCUCUCCCCCAGUGCCACAUUCACAGUUGGCCAGGCUGUGGCUUACAUGGCACCUGGCUCUUUUGCCGAGUACACAGUGGUGCCUGCCAGCAUGGCCAUUCCCGUGCCGGCCAUGCAACCCGAGUGCCUCACCCUCCUGGUGAGUGGUACCACGGCCUACAUGAGCCUGAAAGAGCUUGGAGAACUAUGAGAAGGGAGGAAAGUUCUGGUGACCGAGGCAGCUGGGGGGACCGGCCGGUUUGCCGUCCAGCUUGCAGAGAAGGCCAAGUGCCAUGUAACUGGAACUUGCUCUUCUGAUGAAAAGUCUGCCUUUCUGAAAUCUCUUGGCUGUGAUCGUCCCAUCACCUAUAACGGCGAGCACGUGGGUGCUGUCCUGAGGCAGGAGUACCCCCAAGGUGUGGACGUGGUGUAUGAAUCCGUCGGGGGAGCCAUGUUUGACUCGGCUGUGGACGCCUUGCCUACCAAAGGGCUCUUGAUAGUAAUUGGGUUUGUCUCUGGCUACCAGACUCCUACAGGCCUGUCCCCCCCGCCAGGGCACGCCCGUUCCGAGGGGGGGCGACCCGAGGGGCCAGCUCCCACCGGGGCGUCCCUCCGAGUCCCAGGCAGGGGCUCCCCGCAAGGGAAGGGCCUCUGCGGUUGGGAAGGCAGAAACGCCAGCCGGAUGGGGGCGGGGAGGGGGCUGAGACGGGAGGAGCGAGGGCCACGGGACGAAGAGAAGGGAGCUGGCGAUCCGCCCUGGCCCCCAGCCUCUAGGGCACAGCCCGCCACUCCCAGCCCCGCGGACGCCCCCCUCGAGUUGGCUUUUGCGGCCUCCAGCAGGGCACCAAGAGGUGCUCCAGCUGGGCUCUGCCCUGGCAGCCCUCCGUGA